GCACCUCCCCUUACACAGCAAAACAGGAUGCGAAAGUCGCCGUUAUCCUGAAGGAGAGAAGGGAGAAGAAGGAGGCCAAAAAGAAGGCCUUGCUGGAAGAAUAGGCGGCGAAGAAGGAGAAGAUUGAAGAAGAGAUGGCGAAGGAACUAGAGAGGUUGACAAAGGAGGAGGAAGAAAAACUCAAAGCGGUAGAGGCAGAAGAAGAGGUAAAAGAACAGCCACUGGAGAGGAGAAGGACAAGAGGAAGAGAAGAACUUAGUGGUGUGAAGGAAGACCCGUUGGAGAAGAAGAUUACGGAAUGGGUGGCCAAUUUAUCCCUGGGAGAAGAGGAGGAGGCAUUAAUGUAUGUAACCAGGGAAGAGCAGGAGGUGGCCAUGAGAAAGUGGGAUGCAGAGGAAGACCCACUCAAGCGGCAAACCAUAGAGGAUGAAAAGAGGAUGGAGUGGAAGUUGCGACUGAUGAGGGAAAGGAAAAAGAGAGUGGAUGCAAUGAGCCAGGAGGCAAGGGAAUUGGAAGAAGUAAAGAAACAGGGAGAGCAGAUGGCGGCGCAGGCGGACCUGUUGGGGAAGAUGCAGAUCAUGGCGAGGAACAUAGAGCGCCUGGCCCAGGUCCAGGAAGAGCAAUAUCAGUUUGGUAGGAGUUAGGACAUAGCCCUGCGAUCCGUACGACUGGGAUUCAGAGACUUCGCACGUGAGUUAGUGAUGCAGGUGGGCUCAGAGGUGAAGGCCCGCCUAGAGAACACAGAGCGUUAUUGCACGGGUGCCAUAGAGGGCGCCAGGUUGCUUGCACCCAAGGAAGAAGAAGCACGUCCUCAUAGGGAGCCUGUUAAAGUGAAGUUCCCCGACUCCUAUAGUGGAAAGGAGGAGAACUUCGACAAUUGGGAAGCCAAUAUUAAAACGUAUGUGCACUUGCAGAAAGUUGCCCCAGACGAACGCCUCCAGAUAAUUAUCCAUGCUCUUAGGGAGGAAGCAUCAAGCUUCGCCCAUUCCCGUUGUCGCACCGCCAAUUGCAACGAUGACUUAGUUGCGUAUUCAACGUU